ACAACGGAGAAAGAGAGAGGGAGGAAAAGAGACACUUCAAGACUUCAGACAGCGGAUCUUGUUGAGGGAAAACCUGUGUCAUUUCUAAGAAACUCUUGGCGUCUAUUCUUUGAGGACACGUUUGGGACUUUAAAAAAACCAUACAAACAGACUCUGUACGUUUGAAUGCGUGACCAUGACGGCAGCUGUCGAUAUUAAGCCGUUAACUAUAAUAAAAUCCGAAAAAGUAGACGAUCUGGAGUGUGCUGAUGUUCCUCUUCUGACUCCGGACCCGCGUGAGUGGACAGAAGGCCAUGUGAGGGAAUGGUUGACCUGGACGGUGAAUGAGUUCAGUCUGAAGAACGUGGACUUCCACAAGUUCAGUAUGGACGGAGCGAGUCUCUGUGCGCUCGGCAAGGAGAGAUUUCUGGACCUGGCACCAGACUUUGUGGGCGACAUCCUCUGGGGGCAUUUAGAGAUGCUGCAGAAAGAAGACCCGAAGCACUUCCCCGUCAGCAGCCUGAGCUCCAGCUUCCAGGAGUCCCGCUAUCCCUCCGAAUAUUUCUUCAACUAUGGCAUUGAGCAUCCUCAGUGUGUCCCUCCGUCUGAAUACUCUGAGCCGAGCUUCAUCACAGAGUCCUAUCAGACGCUUCACCCCAUCAGUUCAGAAGACCUGCUGUCGCUCAAAUACGAGAGCGAGUAUCCCAACGUCAUCCUGCGGGACGCGCCGCUCAACCCCCUGCAGGGAGACUAUUUCUCAGUCAAACAGGAAGUCGUGUCGCCUGACAACAUGUGUGUGGGUCGCAUUAGCAGAGGUAAGCUGGGUGGUCAGGACUCGUUUGAGAGCAUCGACAGUUUCGAGAGCUGCGACAGACUCACGCAGUCGUGGAGCAGUCAGUCGUCCUUCAACAGCCUUCAGAGAGUCCCGUCCUAUGACAGCUUCGACUCGGAGGAUUACCCCAAUGCUCUGCAUGCGCACAAACCCAAGGGCACGUUUAAAGACUACGUGCGGGAACGCUCGGACCUGAGCAAAGACAAACCGGUCAUCCCUGCAGCGGCUCUCGCUGGAUACACAUCCUGCACCCGUAGGUGGCCCGCAGAUGGGGAAAGAGGAAAAACAAGCCCAAGAUGAACUAUGAAAAGCUGAGCCGCGGCCUGCGCUACUACUACGACAAGAACAUCAUCCACAAAACGUCCGGCAAGCGCUACGUCUACCGCUUCGUGUGCGACUUGAAAAGCCUGCUGGGAUACACUCCCGAGGAGCUGCACACCAUGUUAGACGUCAAGCCCGACACGGACGAGUAAAGUCUGGACAGAAGAGAGAGUAAAAGGAGUCCCUGAAAGACCCUGCAAAAGACAAACGGGGCGUCCAGUCACAUUCCAACACUGUUUUGAGCUCAAAAAAAAAAAAA